AUGGCCAGAAACAAGAACAAGAAGGGCCAAGGUCAAGGCGCCGCCGGCAACCAGAACCAGCCGGGCAACAACAGCAAGCCUGAGGAGACCAAGCCCGAGGAGCAGCAGCAGUCUUCCCUAGACCAAAAGACGGAAGAGCAGAAGCCCGAAGGUACCACACCGGUCGGGGAAUUCGGUAACCCCGCAGAAGGCGAGGGUGCCCCCACCAACACCGAUGAGAAGAAGGCAGAAGACAGCAAGCCCGGAGACGCGGCCGCCAAGACGGACGACAAGACUCAAUCGCAACAAGAAGAUGAGAAGAAGCCCGAAGAUGCUGUGGCCGACACGCAAUCAAAAGACAAGAAGCCCGAGACGGAAGAGCAAAAGCCCGUAGGUCAAGAGACCACGGACAAGAAGCAAGCCUCAGCAAACCAGGCCGGCGUCGAAGACGAAGCGGAGCCAGAGUCCGUCGUCGACAACGACAAGAAGCCCGCAACAGGCAAGGAGCAGGAGCAGGCAGAGCCCGCAAAGGUACGCUCCCGCGACUCUGGCCGCACAGAACGAGAAGCUGACCUCGAGGAGCCCACUGAACUCCAGGACGGCGAGGAAGAACACGCUGAGGGCGAAGAGGGAGCCGAGGGCGAGUACUACGACGACGACGAGUUUGAAGAAGGCGAGGACGGCGAGGUCUACGACGACGACGAGUACUACUCUGGCGACUCGCAAGACGAAGGGGAGUACGACGACGAUGAGGACUACGACUCCCAAGAGGAGGAAGAGGACGACGGCGGCAACUACACCACCGCGCAAAAGGGCGGCAACCAGAACCAGCAGAUGAUGCAGCGCCAGCGCCAGCAGCAGAUGCAGCAGCAGCAACAACAGCAGAUGAUGCAGCAACAGCAGCAGCAGCAGCAGAUGCAGGGCGGCGGCGGAGGUGCGGGCAAGAACCCGCUCAAGCUGAGGCUUGACCUGAACUUGGAUAUUGAGAUUACGCUCAAGGCCAAGAUUCACGGUGAUUUGACGCUGGCAUUGCUGUGA